AUGUCUGCGGUGACAUUUGAACUAGAGAGUCUGUCUUCGGAAGGCUUCAGACAUGAGCCGGCGCCCGGCUCUGACCUGACUGUCACCUGCGUGCCUGACCUCGCCAGCGCAUCCUGUCCAGUGCAACUUCAGCCCCUCGUUUCUGUCCCCACCGAUUUGCAAAAGUUAUGCUCAUCAAGUUGCGGGUUUGGGAGGAGUGUGUGGGCAGCCGGCGGCAAAUACAAUGAAGGUAUGAACCUAAGCAAAAGUGAGAUAAUGAAAGAAACGUCGCUGAAGCCGUCCCGGAGAUCCCUGCCUUGCCUUACCCAGAGCUUCGCUCACUCACACAGCCUGUGCCAAUCUACCUCCCUCUUCCAGUCAACCGAGAGCGAAUCUCAGGCUCCCACUUCGGUGACCCUGAUCUCUGCAGACAAAACAGAGCCAGUUAACCCCGAGGAGAACCACAAAGACUCUCCGCUCAAAUGUUCCUUUGCUGAUUUCAGCGAUUUCUGCUUGGCCCUCGGCAAAGAGAAGGAUGACGCAGAGGAAUCGGAACACGCUAGUUAUGACCGGUCUCGUCUCAUUAGCAGCUCUGUUACCAAAGAUAAACCCGAAUCCAAGACCAAACUGUCUAAGAAUGACAUGAAUUACAUCGCAUCCAGUGGACUUCUGUUCAAAGAUGGCAAAAAGCGCAUUGAUUACAUCCUGGUUUACAGGAAGACAAACAUACAGUAUGACAAGAGGAACACAUUUGAGAAGAACCUCCGAGCAGAAGGCCUGAUGUUGGAGAAGGAGCCGGCUAUCGCCAACCCUGACAUCAUGUUCAUCAAGAUCCACAUCCCGUGGGACACGCUGUGCAAGUACGCGGAGAGGCUGAACAUCAGGAUGCCCUUCAGGAAAAAGUGCUACUAUACUGACGGAAGGAGCAAAUCAAUGGGCAGGGUACAGAAUUACUUUAAGAGAAUCAAGAAGUGGAUGUCCCAGAACCCAAUGGUUCUGGACAAGUCAGCGUUUCCAGAGCUGGGGGAAUCAGCCUGCUACACUGGCCCCUUCAGCAGAGCCCGGAUUCACCACUUCAUCAUAAAUAACAAGGACACCUUCUUCAGCAAUGCAACUCGGAGCAGGAUAGUGUAUCACAUGCUGGAGCGCACCAAGUACGAAAAUGGGAUCUCCAAAGUGGGUAUCCGUAAACUCAUAAACAAUGGCUCCUACAUAGCAGCAUUUCCUCCACAUGAGGGAGCCUACAAGAGCAGCCUGCCCAUCAAAACCCACGGGCCUCAGAAUAACAGACACCUCCUGUACGAGCGCUGGGCGCGCUGGGGAAUGUGGUACAAGCACCAGCCGCUGGACCUCAUCAGGAUGUAUUUUGGAGAGAAGAUCGGGCUGUACUUCGCCUGGCUGGGCUGGUACACUGGAAUGCUGAUUCCUGCAGCAGUUGUUGGCCUGUGUGUCUUCUUCUACGGAUUGGUGACCAUGAAUGAAAGCCAAGUAAGCCAAGAGAUCUGCAACGCCGCAGAAGUCUUCAUGUGCCCCCUGUGUGACAAGAACUGCUCACUGCAAAGGCUCAAUGACAGUUGCAUCUACGCCAAGGUGACGUACUUGUUUGACAAUGGAGGGACAGUCUUCUUUGCUAUCUUUAUGGCGAUAUGGGCUACUGUCUUCCUGGAGUUUUGGAAAAGGAGAAGAAGUAUACUGACCUACACCUGGGACCUUAUUGAAUGGGAGGAAGAGGAGGAAACCCUGCGUCCCCAGUUUGAAGCCAAGUACUACAAGAUGGAGAUUGUAAAUCCCAUCACAGGAAAGCCAGAGCCGCAUCAGCCUUCAUCCGACAAAAUCACCCGUCUUCUUGUUUCUGUCUCAGGAAUAUUUUUCAUGAUUUCUCUGGUGAUCACCGCGGUGUUCGCGGUGGUGGUCUACCGCCUGGUGGUCAUGGAGCAGUUUGCAUCCUUCAAGUGGAAUUUCAUCAAACAGCACUGGCAGUUCGCGACGUCGGCUGCCGCGGUCUGCAUCAACUUCAUAAUCAUCAUGUUGCUGAAUCUCGCCUAUGAAAAGAUUGCAUACCUCUUGACUAAUUUGGAAUACCCUCGAACCGAAUCGGAGUGGGAAAACAGCUUUGCCCUGAAGAUGUUUCUUUUCCAAUUUGUCAAUUUAAACAGUUCCAUCUUCUACAUUGCUUUCUUUUUGGGAAGAUUUGUAGGUCACCCUGGAAAAUACAAUAAACUUUUUGACCGGUGGAGGCUGGAGGAGUGUCAUCCCAGCGGCUGCCUGAUAGACCUCUGCCUGCAGAUGGGCGUCAUCAUGUUUUUGAAGCAAAUAUGGAACAACUUCAUGGAGCUGGGCUACCCGUUAAUCCAGAACUGGUGGUCACGGCAUAAAAUCAAGCGUGGAGUGCAAGAUGCUUCGAUUCCUCAGUGGGAAAAUGACUGGAAUCUGCAGCCCAUGAACAUACACGGACUAAUGGAUGAAUACCUGGAAAUGGUGCUGCAGUUUGGCUUCACCACCAUCUUUGUUGCUGCCUUUCCACUGGCCCCACUGUUGGCUUUGUUAAACAACAUCAUUGAAAUCCGGCUGGAUGCCUACAAAUUUGUCACCCAGUGGCGGAGACCCCUUCCAGCCCGAGCCACUGACAUAGGGAUCUGGCUUGGCAUUCUGGAAGGCAUUGGCAUACUGGCCGUGAUCACCAAUGCGUUCGUCAUCGCCAUUACCUCGGACUACAUCCCACGCUUCGUCUAUGAGUACAAGUACGGCCCGUGUGCAAACCACGGACAACAGAACGAAAAUUGUUUGAAAGGAUAUGUCAACAACAGCUUGUCCUUCUUUAACCUGAGUGAGCUCGGCGUAGGGAAAUCUGGCUACUGCAGGUACAGAGACUACAGAGGUCCACCUUGGAGUUCCAAACCCUACGAGUUCACCCUUCAGUACUGGCACAUCCUGGCCGCCCGGCUGGCCUUCAUCAUUGUGUUUGAGCACCUUGUUUUCGGAAUUAAGUCUUUCAUCGCGUACCUGAUUCCAGAUGUACCCAAGGGCUUGCAUGAGCGAAUACGGCGGGAGAAGUACUUAGUCCAAGAAAUGAUGUAUGAGGCUGAACUGGAGCAUUUACAACAACAACGGAGAAAAAGUGGUCAGCCAGUUCACCAUGAAUGGCCUUAGUUGGUUCCUGCAACCCGUAGGGGGGAACCAUUAGCGCAAAGGACUGUGGGAAACUUCAGAUGUGGAUGGGGCUUAGAAGGAUGGGUACUUGGCAAACAUUACGUGUACUAUGCUACUUGGAAAUGUGUCACAGCACUCGGCAAGACUUGGAAUGGUCGGAUUUCCAGUGAUGGAGAAGCUGUUCUUGAAGGGAGCUUUGCUUGGCAUUAAGAAGCAGCCUCAGGAAGGGAUCUCUCCCUCCCGUCAGCUGCAGUCUAGCAGAAAUGGUGAUGGUGAGGUUUCUAGAGACAGAUUUCCGUGCGGAUGUUCACAGCCAGGCAUGAUUUAAAGCAUCCUGUGGUCACAUGUUAAUCUGACUCUGGAAGCUUCCACUGAGUUGAGACACAGCCUAGAAAUGACUUGAAUCUAUUGUUGCCUUUGCUGCCAGGAUUCCACAUCCCUCCUGUUGUUAGGUUUCUAGGGCCUUCCCUUGUCUUGUGUGAGUAUGGAUUUUUGCCCCAACGAAUUUAUGCUGCUUUACACCUACUAUGCAGUUAAAGAGUUGCAUACCACCUUUCAUAGUCAAACCAAAAAUAUAUGAUUCCAAAAAGUAUACCAUUUGUUAAAACCGUAUUGUAUUGCAUCAGCUGCAGUGCAGUCUGUUUCACCCCUGGCGAAGCCAGAGGCACUGCACACUUUUAUACAUGGACGAUAUGAAUGGGGUUGCUGUGACAUCACUCCAAACAUGACUACUCCAUGCUGUACUGCACAAAGCUAUUUUACAGUCCAUUUAACUUUUCCUUGUCUGAAUUAUUACAAAUCUCACAGAACGUUGUCUGGGAAUGCUGUAAAUAUGUUGAUUUUCCUUGUACCUUUGCACCUUGACAAUUUGGAAUGCAAGAUGCAUUUUAUGCAACUCGGAGACCAGUGACACAGUAUGCUACUGCAAUAUGUUUAUUCAGGUAAUCCGGAGCCCGAUUGUCUACAGCAUUUAUGCUUUUUCUACAGUGUACUCUCUUACUGAUGAGCUAAUGAAAAUAAUGCAUGUGGUAGACCUACGAUUUGUUAAAAAACAAAAACAAAAACAAUACUUGAAUUUGCUUUCUUUUUCAUCACUGAAGGGAGCUUUCUAUUGUUGUUUCUUUGAUAGAUUGACUUGUUUUUACACUGUCUGGAAACAGAUUCAAAUUAAUUGUAAAGACCUUAAUUCUGCUUUGUAGUGAAAUUCUAUUUGGAUGUUAACUCUGUCUGUCCACAGACUGAUGGAAUAGGAAUGAUGAGGAAUUCAAUUAAAGGAAGUCCAGAGGAGGCGAAAUUAUGGGAGAGGGACAGGAAGAAAGGUGAAAGUAGAACAGG